UGCAGAUCACGUGACACGAGCAUUUCCUCAAACAUGGCGGCCGUUCGUGGGUCAUAGCUAAGUAACAAGAAGCUGAAUGUUGUAGCUAGGAGACACUUCUCUGAUCUCACGCGACCGUCGCUUGGUUUCCGCUGAGCGUCAGACACACACCAAGUCGUCGGCAGGUUGCUGGUUCGAUUCCCACUGAAGCAGCAAGAUGCCAGGGAAACACAACGACAGCUUCAAACCAGGAGACCUGGUGUUCGGCAAGAUGAAGGGCUACCCUCAUUGGCCAGCCAGGAUCUGCAAGGAUGACAAGGGAAACAAGAAGCGAGUCACAGUCUUCUUCUUCGGGACUCAUCAGAUAGGAAGCCUCCCCGUAGAGAAUGUCGUUCCUUACGUGAGGAACAAGAUAAAGUACGGCAGCGGGGUCCGCAUCAAAGGCUUCGCUGAAGGAAUGUGGGAAAUCCAGAACACACCCAAAAUCGGGAGUAGAGGCAAAAUCCCAGUAAAAACCUACACACAGACGACACCUGCUAAACCGACGUCUGCGGUCAAAGCCACACCGGACAAGGUUAAAAGUUCGCCCAUCAAAUCAUCUCAGAGUAAACCCGUCGCUGUGAAGGUCGACAGGAAAGUUAAAGCUUCUCCGAUCAAAGCUUCAAGUCAAACAGAAACGGUUCCUACACGAGCCUCAUCAAGAUCCGCUCCAGAGCAAACGGUCGAGUCCACACAGACUCCUGAGAAGACGUCGACAGAUUCCUCAGUGAGGACGAAAAGAAGGAAGGUGGAGUCAGAGGUGACCACAAGCACAGAUCCACCACCAGGGGGCAGCAGAAGUAAAAAUACUGCAAGGGACGAAAAGGAGACGACAGCAAACGUGUUGAAAACUAAAAUCUCAACAACGACCCCGAGCAAAGUUAAAGCUGAGAAAAAAACCCAGAGUGUCGUUAAAGCUCUGACUACAGCGACAGACGACAAAGAUAAAACAGAGGCGACAAGUCCCACUAUGACCAGGAGCAGAAAAGCUGAGCCAAAGGUCGUUGCAGAGCAGCUCAGAAAGAGAACAGCUCACAGUCCUACAGCGACACCUGCAGCUGGUAAGAGAGUGAAAAACUCUGCCACACAAGUGUCCAGUAAUUACAGAGAACAGGAGGAGGAGAAGAGUGCAGCAGAGAGUCGAGGAGUUAAGAGGAGGAGAGAAGAAGAGAAGGAGAUAAGAAAAGAGAAGACGGAUGAGAAAACAGCAGAGGUGAAGUCCUCUGAGAGACAAGGAGUGGAAAGAAAGGAAGAGGAGAAAGUACAACAAGAUGAAUGUGUAGAAGGAAAGAAAGACACGAUGGCGACAGAAACUCAAGCAAUGACGACAAAGCCGGUCGAGAAAGAAAAGGAGGAGAAAAUAAACUUUGGAAAGAAGGAGGAGAGAACGAUCAGAGAAACAAGCCCAGAGAUCGAAGGAACAACAAGCACGGGAGAUGCGGAGGCAACAAAGAAGGAAGAUGAGGAAAGAAAGAAAGAGGAGAUGAGAAGAAUGGAGGAGGAACAAGCGAGGAAGAGGAUAGAGAAAGAGCAGGAGGUGAUGAAGAAAGUAAAGGUGAUGGUGAGGAUUGAAAGUCUGGAAGAAAUGAGGAGAAAGACGGAGGUGAAGAAAAUUGGACCAAUGUCAGAGAGAGAAGGGAGGACAGUGAUGGAGAGGAAGAAAGAAGAGGAGAUCAAGAAGCAGACGGAGGAGAGGAAAGCAAGAGAAACGACAGAGAGAGAAGGGAGCAUGAUGAGAACAGAGAGAGAUAUAGGAGAGGGGGGAAAGAAAGAAGAGAUGAAUCAGAAGACUGAGGAGAAGAAAACUGGAGAAAUGUUGGAGAGAGAAGGGCGGAUGACGACAAGGAGAACACAGGAGGGAAAAGAAGAGGUGAAAAAAACUGGAGAAGCUUCAGAGAAAGAAGGGAGGAUGACCAGGAGAACCGAGAGAGAGAAAGGAGAGGAGGGACAGAAAGAAGAGAUGAAGAAGAAGAAGAAGGUGAAGGCAACUGGAGAAACAUCCGAGACAGAAGGGAAGAUGACAAGGAGAACCGUGAGAGAAAAAGGAGAGGAGGGACAGAAAGAAGAGAUGAAGAAGAUGGAGGUGAAGGAAACUGGAGAAACUUCAGAGAGAAAAGGGACGAUGACAAGGAGAACCAUGAGAGAGAAAGGAGGGGAAGCAAAGAAAGAAGAAAUGAAGAAGAUGGAGAUAAGGAAAACUGGAGAUGGGAGGAUAACGAGAAGAACAGAGAGAGAGGAGGGAAAGAAAGAAGAGACGAAGAAGAUGGUGGUUAAGAAAACUGGAGAAACGUCUGAGAGAAAAGGGAGGAUGAGCAGGAGAAUGGAGAAAGAGAAAACAAAGGAUGAAGAAGAGGAGGAAAAUAAAGAAGAGAGGACAAACACAAAGGAGGUGGAGAAGAAAACACAGGAUGGAUGUGAAAAAGGAAAGGAAGAGGAGAUGAUAAAGAAUAUGGAGGAGGAGACCACUGGAGAAACAUCAGAGAGAGAAGCGAGGAUGAAAAGGAGAACAGAUGGAGAUGAGGGAAAGAAAGGAGAGAUAAAGAAGAAGAUGGAGGUGAAGGAGACUGGAGAAUCAUCAGAGAGCGAAGGGAGGCUGACAAAGACAACAGAAGAAGAGGAGGGAAAGAAAGAACAGAAGAAGAAGAUGGAGGUGAAGGAUACUGGAGAAAUGUUGGGGAAAGAACGGAGGAUGACAAGGAGAACAGAAAGAGAGGAGGGAAAGAAAGAAGAGAUGAAGAAGAUGGAGGUGAAGGAUACUGGAGAAAUGUUCGGGAAAGAACGGAGGAUGACAAGGAGAACAGAAAGAGAGGAGGAAAAGAAAGAAGAGAUGAAGAAAAUUGAAGUGAAUAAAUCUGGAGAAGCUUCGGUGAGAGCAGGGAGGAUGACAAGGAGAACAGACAGAGAGAAAGGAGAGGAGGGAAAGAAAGAAGAGAUGAAGAAGAUGGAGCUGAAGGAGCCUGGAGAAGCAUCCGAGAGAGAAGGGAGGAUCACAAGGAGAACAGAGAGCGGGAAAGGAGAGGAGAGAAAGAAAGAAGAGAUGAAGAAUAUGGAGGUGAAGGAACCUGGAGAAGCAUCAGAGAGAGACGGGAGGAUCACUAGGAGAACAGAGAGAGGGAAAGGAGAGGAGGGAAAGAAAGAAGAGAUGAAGCGGAUGAAGGAAAGUGGAGAAACGUCACAGAGAGAAGGGAGGAUGACAAAGAGAACAGAGGGAGAGAAAUCGAAGGAUAUAGAAGAAGAGGAGGAAAAGAAAGAAGAGGAGACAAAGAGAAAGGAGGCGGAGAAGACGAAACAGGAUGAAGGUAUAGAAGGAACAAAAGAAGAGAAAACUGAAGAAACAACAGACAAAGGAAGGAGGACGACAGGGAGCACAGAGAGGGAAAAAACAAAGCAUGAGGGAGAAGAGGAGAGGAAAGACACGGAGGAGGAGAAAACUGGAGAAACUCCGGAGAGAGAAGUGAGGAUGAUGAGGAGAACCGAGAGGGAUACAACUAAUGAUGAAGGAGAGGAGAAGGAUGUCGAGAAGAAAAAACAGGAUGGGGAUGUCGAGGGGAACAAAGAAGAGCUGAAAAAGACGGAGGAGGAGAAAACUGGAGAAAUAUCAAACAAAGGAAGGAGGACGACAAGGAGCACAGAGAGGGAAACAUCAAAGCAUGAGGGAGAACAGGAGGAAGAGAAAACUGGAGAAACUUCGGAGAGAGAAGUGAGGAUGAUGAGGAGAACCGAGAGGGAUGCAACUAAUGAUGACGAAACGAUGACAACUAGAGAGAAGGAGGAGGUGCAGAAAAGAAAACAGGAGGGAGGAUUAGAAGGAAAGAAAGAAGAGAUGAAGAAGGCAGAGGAGGAGAAAACUGGAGAAACAUCUGAGAGAGAAGUGAGGAUGACAAGGAGAACUGAGAAGGAACAAACAGAGGAUGAAGGCGAGAAGGAUGUGGAGAAUAAAAAAGUGAAUGGAGGUGUAGAGAGGGAAAAAGACGAGAUGACGAAGAAAAUGGAAGAAGAGAAAACAGUAGAAAAGCUGGAGAGAGGAGGGAGGACAAUGAGGAGCACAGAAAAGGAGAAGGAAAAAAGAAAGGAUGAAGGCAAGGAGGGAAAAGAAGAGGCAACAACUAAAAAGAACGAGUUGAAGAAAAAACAGGAUGUAGGUGUAGAAGGAAAGAAAGAAGAAACGAUAAAGAAGAAAACCGAAGAGAAAACUGGAGAACUGUCUGUGAGAAAAGUGAGGAUGACGAGGAGAACCGAGAGAGAGAAAAAGAAGGAUGAAGGAGAGGAGGUGACAAUGACAGAGGUGGAGAAGAAGAAACUGGAUGGAGGUGUAGAGAGGAAGAAGGAAGGGAUGAAGAAGCAGACAGAAGAGGACAGAACUGGAGAUACCUCAGUGAGAGCAGGGAGAACAACUAGGAGCAGAGAAAAAGAGAAAACAAAGGAUGGAGAAGAAGAAAAGGAGAAGGGCGGAUCUCCUGUGGAGGACGAGCGACAGCGCCACCUGGCGGCCAAGAGGGAGAAAUUGUUAAAAUCUCUGCGAGGUCUGAUGCAGGAGGGAGGAGGAGCGACGAGGAGGAGGGAGAAGACGAAGAACACACAGCGAGUCGGGGACUUAGCAAAGAAGAUCGAGAUCAAAAAGAGGGUAAGUCAGAGGAGCUUGAAAAACGUUGGAAAGGAGGAGGAGAGGAAGAUGGAAAAAACGACAGACGUUAAAAAGAAAGACGAGAAGAACGAGGUGAAGACGUCCGACCUCAAGACACCAGCGGAGAAGUCAAAGAGUAAAACAACAGGAGAACAAAGUGGACAGAAGAACGAAGACAAAAUGAACUUGGAGGGAAAGAAAAACGAGGGAGUGAUCGAGAAAACAGGGGAGGAAAAGAAGAACGAGGAAACGCAGCAGAAGAAAAAUGAAGAAAAGACGGGGGAGAGAAAAAUAAUCGGAAAGAUCGUGAAGGCGACGCCUGGAAAGGGAACAAAGUUUCAGGUGAAGACGAUGAUGGGAGGAACACUGGCGGUGGUGUCGGAGGAUGACAAGAAGAAGAAAGAAGAGAGGUCGGACAAAAAAAGUAUAGAAGAGAAGGAAAAGAGCUCAGAAAAGGUGAAGGAGACGGAGAAGAAAUCAGAAGAUGAGAAGAUGGAAUUGAGCUCAGAUGUUGUGAGUGUAUCUGAAAGAACAAGAGCAAUGAUGGAUGACAAAAAAGAGAAGAACACAACAGAAGAAGAGAAGAAGGUCAGUGAUGAGGAGGAGAAACAGAAGAAGAGCAGUGAUGAGGAGGAGAAACAAAAGAAGAGUAGUUAUGAAGAGGAGAAACAAAAGAAGAGCAGUGAUGAAAAGGAGAAACUAAAGAAGAGCAGUGAUGAAGAGGAGAAACAAAAGAAGAGCAGUGAUGAAGAGGAGAAACAAAAGAAGAGCAGUGAUGAAGAGGAGAAACAAAAGAAGAGCAGUGAUGAAGAGGAGAAACAAAAGAAGAGCAGUGAAGAUGAGGCAGAGCUGAAAAAGAGCGAAGAAGAUCAAAAAUCACAUAGAGCAACUCUGAAAUCUCAGGAGGAGAAGAAGGAAAAGGAGGCGGAAAAAACAACAGAGCAGAAAAAGAAAGAGGAGAAGAUCGAGAAGGAGCCGGAGCAGAAGAACGAGAACACCCCAGAUCAAGAGGAGAAGACUGAGGAGACAGAAAAUCAGAAGGAGGAGCAGACGCCACAAGCAGAGGCAGAAACCAGCAAAGAAGCAGAACCAGAGAAGAAGAGCGGAGAAGAAAAGAGUGACUCAGAGAGAGGGAAGGUGGUGGAGGUGAAGCAGCAGCAGAAGAAGAAGAGUUCGACCAUGACGCUGACGGACUCCACUCUGCACAGAAUCCACGGGGACAUCAGGAUUUCUCUGAAGACCGACAAGCCGGACCUCAGGAAGUGUCUGACGGCGUUGGAUCAGCUCAGUAUGGUUUACGUGACGUCUCAACACGUCCAGAGACACAGUGAGCUCAUCGCCACGCUGAGAAAGAUGCGUUCCUACAAAGCCAGCCAGGCCGUCAUGGACAAGUCCUCCAUGCUCUACAACCGCUUCAAAAACACCUUCCUGGUGGGGGAGGGCGAGGAGGUGGUGAGCGCCGCCUUCCUGCGCUCGCUGCUGGAGGAGAAGGAGCGAGAGGAGGCUGAGAGGGUGGAGCUCUGCAGGAGGGAGGGAGUGAAGGAGGUGAAGGAGGUGAAGGAGAGGUUGAGGAACGACGGAGGAGGGGAGGAAGAAGAGGUGCAGAUAACAAAUGCUCCAGUGGGCUUGUCCUGAUGGGUCAAUCAUCCUGUAGUCGCCUGGACUGAACCAUUCCCCUACUGAGGGGUGUUGAUGUGAAUCCGUUUCCCUGACAAUGAGAAUGUGCACAACCGUUUACCUCAUCACACACACAAACCAGUUUAUCACCUGCUCAACUACUGGUGCUUAUUUUCUGUACAGUUUGUGUUAAUCUUUAGUUGUCGUUCAUGUUUACGUGUCAACUCUCGUUAACGUUCAAUACGCUUGUUCCACCUGUUUGUGUUGUGGUUGGGUUGUAGACUGACUCACAUUCACCAGGACAGUGUUUAUUCUUCUUCCACUAAAACACUCGUUUUUAAGUUGUAUUUUAAUCCUGUUUUCCUCAGAAUGUUAGAUCAGGACAGAUGGCUGAUGGGAAAGUCUGGUUUUAUUUAUCACGUGCAUUUUUUUAUUCAUCAGGUUGAACGUUACAACAGCAUAUUUGAACCUGACGUCAAAGCAUUAAAUGGCCUCGUUAAAACCUGAACGUUCGUACUCACACUGCUGCGGUGGAUGUAGUGCCUUGCUCAUAGGCACACCACAGCAGGUAACAACGGGUUGUAGCUGUUAAAUUGAAACACUUUGUACAAGUCAAAUGUUUUAUUGUGUAUUUUCUUGUGACCCAGUGAGAUGUUCCUGUUCUUUGAUUCUUUAAUUGCGGUUUUGUACAUUUGUAAUUUUUACCACAAGUUUUUAAAUAAAAGUGUCGCACAAAGAGAAAAACUCACACAGACGUGACAAC